AUGCGCAAUGAUAACAGAAAGGAAGAUAAGCCUCCGUAUUCUAGGGUAUUCGUUGUGUGCGGCAAACAGACCAGAGAAGAAGACCUAAGGCCUUAUUUUGAAAAGUUUGGUACAAUUGAGGAUAUACAUAUUCCUAGAGAUCGUAACUCUGGGGAGUCAAAAGGUGUAGCCUAUAUAAAAUACACUAAAACUUCUUAUGCAGCUGCAGCUAUACAAGGACUCCAUUACAAAACUUUGGAAAAUGAUAAUAAGCCCCUGAAAGUUAUGGAGGCUGAUGAGAAGCCCAAUAAACAUGAUGACGAGCACAACAACAUAAGGAAUGAUAAUGUUGACAGUGAUAUAGACAGAAAGAGAAUGAGACUUAUAGACAGCAAGACAGAU